AUGAAUUCGAGUGAUCAUAACCACACUCCGGAUCCAAUCGCUGGAUCGAAUGGGACCGUCAACGGGCUCCCAAGUGGACAGCAGUUCCACCCGGCUGGCAUGCAGCAAAGUUUUAUUCGCCCCACACAGAUCGGUCAGCAGCCACCGACGGGCCUUCUUCUACAGUUCCCCGGGCAACAGCAACAGCAGCAGCAGUCGGCGCAAUCAUCAUCACACCACCUCUCAGCAUCCGACGCACUUCUCACCCAGCUCCUCCAACAGCAACAAGCAUUUGCCACACAAAUGCUCAACCAGCAGCAGGAAUUUAUGCGACAGCAGCAGGAAAUGUUCCUCCGUGCGAUGUCAUCGCUCAGCGUACAGGUACCGUCCAAUCCUGAAGUGAUUCUUGAUUCGCUGUCAAAUCACAUCAAAGAAUUCAGGUACGAUCCGGACAACAACAUCACUUUUGCUGCUUGGAAGCUGGGUGCUGCUGAACACGAACGGUACGUGAAUUUUAUUCUCCCCAAACUGCCGAAAGAUUACCCAUUCGACGAAACCGUGCGGAAAUUGGGAAUCUUGUUUGGUGCAGCUGAAUCACUCAUCAGCAAACGGUAUCGCUGCCUGCAAACAACAAAAUCACCCUCCGAGGAUUUUGUUACAUUUUCGUGCAGGGUAAACAAAAACAGCGUUGAUUUCGAGCUGAGUAAAUUAACCGAGGAGCAGUUUAAGUGCUUGCUGUUUGUUUGCGGGUUGAAGUCAGAGUGCGAUGCCGACGUACGUACCAGACUGCUAGCGAAGAUCGAAGAUCGGAACGACGUUACCCUGGAGCAGCUAUCGGAAGACUGCCAGCGGCUGAUGUGCCUUAAACGGGAUACAGCCAUGAUCGAGGGGACUACCGGACCAGCAGUGCAGUUCGUGGAGCGAAAUCAGCAGCGAUUUUCAAAAACCUUUCCGAAAAGUGUGAAACAUAGUGCAAACAAAAACAUUCCCCCAACCCCUUGUUGGAAGUGCGGCGCAAUGCACUACACUCAUGUGUGCCCCUAUAAGGACCACAAGUGUAGUGAUUGUGGCCAAAACGGACACCGUGAAGGUUAUUGUGUAACCGAAAAAGAAAGUGAAAGGCCCUAUCGCAAAAACCAAAACAAAAAUUUUCGGGCACAAUCUGUGAAAAUGAAAUCAGAGCAACAAAAACGAAAAUUCGUGCAAGCAAAAAUCAACAGUGCUGAAGUGCAGCUCCAGCUGGACACUGGGUCCGACAUCAGUGUUGUGUCGAAGCGUGUGUGGGAGAAAAUCGGGAAGCCUUCCACCACCCCCGCACUAGGCAAAGCAUCCACUGCUUCUGGUGCCCCCCUCCAGCUGCUUUUCAAAUUUGCAUGUGACGUCAACGUCAAUGGCCAGCAGCGCCGCGGCACAUUCUACGUGGUCGACAAAUCGCUCAACGUGCUUGGGAUCGAUUUGAUCGACGCGUUUGGACUCUGGUCGGUGCCGAUUUCAUCUUUUUGUGACCAGAUCACCAAACCGUCCACAUCUUUGAAUCAGCAUGAACCAGCACUUCACCACAGCACCUUUCCACCCACAAUCGAACGGUUUGGCCGAACGAUGUGUGGACACUUUAGCGAGCCAUUCGGGAAUUACGAGAGGGGAGAAGUUCGGAACCAAUAA